GAUCAACCGAAGCAUCUUCUGAGGGUAUUGUGGAUGGGGAGGUUGGAGUGAGUUCGUCAGUAGGCCGUGUGAAGAUCUGGAAUCGAGUCUCCGCAAGAAUCAAAAUGGCGGCUGCUUGGCGUUCAAACCUUGGUAAACAUGUCAGAGAAAUUCGUAUUCACUUGUGUCAGAAGUCCCAGAGUAGUCAAGGUGUAAGGUAACUAACUAUGGAGGACGAUUAUUCCAAAUUUUGAAGUACUUGAGUUAUUUAUAACGCUAUUUGCGUAAUUAAUCUGCGGAUGAAACUCUUCUUUAUGGACUCGAUCGCCAGAAGUACAAAUAUUAUACUUACAGAAAAAAUAGCAUACAACAAUCAUUUUUAAGCGAUACCAGAAAUCAACUCAAGCAAGGUGAUGUUGUAAAGGAGGGGUUUGUUGAAAUCACUGGUGAUCAUAGGUCGACCGUUCGUUACCAUGUUUUGGUCUCCUCAUUUAAAAACAUUUUAAGCUGUUGAUGGCCACUAAACUCUUAAGGUACUUACACACUGCAACAUGACAUACCCUGUGCCAAUCGGCUUUAAAAAAUCUCUGAAUAACAAAUAGAAAAGAAGUUGAAGAAUUCAAAAAUUUCUUUAUCUCAGACAGAAAUUUAUGAGGUGGAACUUUAAUAGAUUAUUUGUUAACAAACCCCUUUGUGUCUUUUUUAUAUUUUUUUGUUUUCUUUUUGUGCAAAUAUUUAAUUAACCUGUGGAAUUUCUAAUCAGGGACUUCUUGGAGAAAUACUACAUUGGCAUCAAGAAAGAGAACCCAAAAGUUCCCAUCUUGGUUCGUGAAUGUAGUGGAAUUCAACCAAAGAUGUACGCAAGAUAUGGUAAGAACUAAGAUAAGAAAAUUCUACUCUUUCUUUACUCAAAUGAUACAUUUGCAAAAUAUGCAGAUCUCUUGUGACAAGUGAUAACCAAACUGAUUUGGUAAAUGAAGUUGCUGAUCAAAGCCCAGAAAGCCUUGAGUCUCUUUUUCAUUGUCCGUGUUGUGUGGGCGACAACACUGUUGCUAUUUAGUGUAAGUUAACCCUUAAACUCCAAUAACUCCAAUGAGUUACCAAGACAGAAUUUUUCUCUAUGAUAUUAAUACAAUAUCAAGCAGACAGGUGAUGGGAAUGACCCAAAACAUCAACGAUGGGAUUACUUGUCGCUUGAAUACCAAAUUUUCUAAAUUAACAUCAUAAUAAUUGUGUAGCAGACAGUAUGAAGGAUUACUGAGAUCUUGGGUGUGAAAGGGUUACAAUUUGGCCAGCUGAAUGUGAUAUUUCUUUAAUCCCUUUAGAUCAUGGAAAGGAAAACUCUGUCCAACUGAACAAUAUGAGUGGGGAUUCAGUCCUCCAAGCUAUGGAGAAGCUUGUUACAUCAGGAUCACUGUGAAAUGUGGAAUAUUUAUGAAUGAUGCCAUAACAUUAUCAAUUGCAGGAAAGGACAGGAAAUUUUUAUUU